AGUAAGCUAGGGGAGGUGCAACGGUGGGCGGGUCUUAGUGGCGCGCCCUGACUAGUCUCAGACUGUGGGCGUCUGCGGUUGUUAGCUUGUGGCGGCUUGGGCGGGUCGCACGCGGUGCAGUUCAAGAUGGCGGAUGCAGAAGCCACGUGGAGAACCCGAAGGGAAGCCAACACGUGCUAGAGUCAUUUACCAGCCAAGCCAUCCUAGUGUUUGGCCUCACAAACUAAUUACUUUACCAAAGAAGCAUAAGAAGAAAAAAGACCGGAAGCCAUUACAAGAGGAAGAUGUAGCCGAAAUACAACAUGCUGAAGAAUUUCUUAUCAAACCAGAAUCUAAAGUGGCUCAAUUAGACACUUCUCAGUGGCCCUUGUUACUAAAGAAUUUUGAUAAGCUAAAUGUAAGGACAACACACUAUACACCUAUUCCUUGUGGUUCAAAUCCUCUGAAGAGGGAGAUUGGGGACUAUAUCAGGACAGGUUUCAUUAAUCUCGACAAGCCCUCUAACCCCUCUUCCCAUGAGGUGGUAGCCUGGAUCCGACGAAUACUUCGGGUAGAGAAGACUGGCCACAGUGGCACACUGGAUCCCAAAGUGACUGGUUGCUUAAUUGUGUGCAUUGAACGAGCCACUCGUUUGGUGAAAUCACAACAGAGUGCAGGCAAAGAGUAUGUUGGAAUUGUCCGGCUGCACAAUGCUAUUGAAGGGGGUACUCAGCUUUCUAGGGCCCUAGAAACUCUGACAGGUGCCCUGUUUCAGCGACCCCCACUUAUUGCUGCAGUAAAGAGGCAGCUUCGAGUAAGGACUAUCUACGAGAGCAAAAUGAUAGAAUAUGAUCCUGAAAGAAGAUUAGGAAUCUUUUGGGUGAGCUGUGAAGCUGGCACCUACAUUCGGACCCUAUGUGUACACCUUGGCUUGUUACUGGGAGUUGGUGGUCAGAUGCAGGAGCUUCGGAGGGUGCGUUCUGGAGUCAUGAGUGAAAAGGACCACAUGGUGACAAUGCAUGAUGUACUCGAUGCUCAGUGGUUGUAUGAUAACCAUAAGGAUGAGAGUUACUUGCGGCGUGUUGUUUACCCUUUGGAAAAGCUGUUGACAUCUCAUAAACGUCUGGUUAUGAAAGAUAGUGCAGUGAAUGCAAUCUGCUAUGGGGCCAAGAUCAUGCUUCCUGGUGUUCUUCGAUAUGAGGAUGGCAUUGAGGUCAACCAGGAGAUUGUUGUCAUUACCACUAAGGGGGAAGCUAUCUGCAUGGCGAUUGCAUUGAUGACUACAGCAGUGAUUUCUACCUGUGACCAUGGUAUAGUUGCCAAGAUAAAGAGGGUGAUCAUGGAAAGAGACACUUAUCCCCGGAAGUGGGGUUUAGGUCCAAAGGCAAGUCAGAAGAAGAUGAUGAUCAAGCAGGGCCUACUGGACAAGCAUGGCAAACCCACAGACAAUACCCCUGCCACAUGGAAACAGGAUUACAUUGACUACAGUGAGUCUGGCAAGAAAGCACUGGUUGCUGAAGCAGUGCAAGCUCAAGCUCCUCAGUUAACUGCUGAAGCAGUAAACAUUGUAAAAAGGAAGCGGGAAAGUGAGAGUGAAAGUGAUGAGACCCCUCUAACAGUUCCCCAGUUGAAGGAAAAGAAGAAGAAUAAGAAGGAUAAAAAGCCCAAAACUGUGCUAGAAAGUGGGGGCGAUGCUGGAGAUGGGGACAGUGACACCACCAAAAAGAAAAAGAAGAAGAAAGUAAAAGUGGUGGGAGAGAUGUCUGAAUAGUAUAAGCCACUUCUUGAAGCAUUCUGUCUGCUGGGAGGAGAUAUAAAAGCCUUACUGAAAAAAUGUUUUGUUGAGGGAGUAGAACAGAGGUCCCAAACAAAGUAGAAAGUUCUGGUACACUUUUAGCUGCCACUUGUGAACUCAGUGGUUAGCUGGUGUGACCAUCUCAUCCCAUCCUGUCCUGUUUUAAGGAUAUAAGAGAUAAAAUCAGGCCUUUGCCAUCAACCCCUCUGCUUACUUGAGGAAGCCACACCAUUAUACAUGGCACUGCCUAGUGACUAUCUGCAGCUGUUUACUAAUGACCAUUUUCAACAAUGCCAUAGAUAGACCUCUCCUACAUUGCUUUUUAAAAAGUUUGUAAAAAAUUAAAUCUGCUAAAUAAAAUGGUAUGGAACCUUC